AUGUCGCGCGUGUGCGAGUGUCCUCUGCGGCUGGAAAAGGGCUUCAUCUUGGAUGGUGUGGCCGUGAGCACCAUGGCCCGCACCUAUGAGCGCCUGAGGCCCAAGGUCUGGUCGGCGAUUCCGCCCUACAACGCUCAGCAGGACUACCACGCCCGCCGAUACUUCCGGAGCCGCGUGGUUCCGCCAGUGCUGCGCCGGACUGAACAGGAUCUCGGGGGCACAGGCAGGGAUGGCUGGAUAGUGGAUUAUUUCCACAUCUUCGGGCAAGGACAGAGAUACCUGAACCGGAGAAACUGGGCAGGGGCAGGGCAUUCCCUCCAGCAGGUGACAGGGCAUGAUAACUACAAUGCUGAUUUGAAAAUGAUCAACGGGUUCAAUGGUCGGUUUGGCUAUCGCAGGAACACCCCAGACCUCCGCCAGCGCCCAUCGGUCUUUGGAGAGGUCACCCGAUUCCCUCUCUUCUGA